UGCAGUGUUUUCCCCUCCUACAAACGGGCUCAUUUCUCUGCCAUUCAAAGGGAAGUAAGUGCUGACGUUCCGAGGACAAAGACAACUUCUGCAGUCUACCUGAUGGAGUCCAACAGCUGCAUCAAUGUUGAAUUUUUGGAUACAGCUGAGGAUUCCUUCUACUUCAGAGUGGUUCAACAAGAUUUGAAGGAGGAUGAUUUCAGAAUGUCAGAAGACCAUCAUUGGUCCAUUGAGAGCACGAAUGGUUUUGGAUACCUCAUUUUAAACCAAGAUGACACAUUCGUGGCCCAGACCUGCUGUGUUUCCUCUUCAGAGAAGAAACUCUGCAUCAGGACCUAUCGGAGCUCUUCUCUAAACGAUCAGGAAAAGUUGCCAGUCAUGAUAUAUACCCAAAAGAAUGACCAGACAAUGGUGGUAUGUUGUAAGGAGCACAAAAUUCAAGCUGUACCAAUGACGCCCCCCACAGACAUCACUGGAACGAGUCACGACGCUUUGUUCUACCAGACGGAACUGCCUGGAAGUAACAGGUUUAAGUUUGUGUUCUCAGUGGAUACCGACAAAGUUCUUGGAGUUGUCAAAGAAAACGACCUUUAUAAACUGACCCUGCUUCCUAAAGUUGAUGAUGUUGAUACGAGAGUUGCGUUUGUGGUCAAAUAAUUAAAGAAGUUGUCUAAAUAAUGAAAAAAAGUCAUCUGACUUCAUUGAAUGCAGAUAUCCAAUGUAACAAGUUCUUGAAGUCAUAACUCAGAGUCACUUUGUGAUUUAAAUGGAACAAAUCUGAUCUGAUCUUAAACCAUAUGGAACCUCAACAUGUUCCCUGUUGUAUCAUGUUGAGGUUAAAGUGUGUCCAUCCAUUGUGUUGACCACCUCUGCUACUAGGGUAUGAAAUCUUUAAAGGCAGCUUUGAAAUAAGUUUUAUCUCAUUUGAGAUUUUGUUUGUAUUCAGUUAAUCAUUGAACAUUGUGAGGUUGCACAGAUGCAUGUUUGGUUUCUCUGGCCAGUGCAACCUCAGAUUGAACCCAAAAUUAGAACUAUAAGCUCAUACAACAAUCUAGCUAUUAGCAUUUGUACAUAAGAAUAAAGGCUUUGUACUUCUUUCA